UCCUCACUCACUCGCUCGUUUACUGGUUCACGGCGUGGGCGACUGCAAGAGAAGGAAGCUCCGGAGCAUGGAUGUGAUAUUGGGGCGCAUUCGAGUCUCGCAGAACUACUCCCUCCGCGACUGACUUCCCGCGCCAUUCGUCUUUGCGCCGCAGCUUGAGUACACAUAGCUUCACGCGACCGAAGUGCCAAUCGUCCACCGCCCACCGUCGUAGCCCGCCAUGGCUUCCUCCCCCGUCGUCCUCAGCCCGCAUCCCAACCCGCUCGGCGGCUCACGGUUCGCGCCAAACCCACGCGCAAAGGCCCUCGCCAUGAUCGGGAACACGCAUAAGCCCGCGCACCCGCCCGCGCCCGCACCCCCAGCAGCAGCCAGCGCAGCAGCAGCGACAGCAGACCAAGGCAUGGACCUAGCAGAGCAAAUGAACGACGCAGUACGCGAGCAAUUCGUCACAGCCGGACGUCUAGGCGAAGGAACCUACGCCAUCGUGUACGCAGGCCACUACCGGCACGACCCCUCCUCACUCGUAGCCAUCAAGAAGAUAAAGUACAACGCCGAGUUCAAAGACGGCAUCGCCAUGGACGCCAUCCGGGAGAUAAAAUUCCUCUCCGAACUCUCCCACCCAAACAUCAUAAAACUGCACGCCGUCUUCUCUACAAAGGACCAGAAUCUGUCUCUUGUCCUCGAACACCUCCCCCUGGGCGACUUGGAGGGUCUCUGGAAAAACACAUCUAUCACCUACGGCAACGCAGACAUCAAAGCCUGGGCCAACAUGCUCUGCCAGGCAAUCUGGUUCUGCCACGAAAACGCCGUCCUACACCGCGAUAUCAAGGGGAACAACGCGCUCAUCGCCGCCGACGGCACCGUUAAACUCGCUGACUUCGGACUCGCGCGCUCCUUCGCUGACCCCGGUCGACCCAUGACUUCAAACGUCAUAACGCGCUUCUACCGCCCGCCCGAACUACUAUACGGCUGCUACCACUACGGCGGCGGCGUGGAUAUCUGGAGCACGGCGUGCGUCAUCGCCGAACUAGCACUGCGCCGCUUCUUCCUCCCCUCCGAAACAGACAUCCAGCAACUCGCCGUUAUCUGCGACCUCUUCGGCACCCCCACAGAGGAAACAUGGCCCGGCGUGUCUACCCUGCGGUACUACGUCGCGCCGGAUAAGCAGCCUAGCGCGGAGAUGGGCGGGAAGCGCACUGCGGCUAAAAUGCCCAAGGGGAUGAAUUGGUGGCGUGCGACGUUCCCGCUGCUGGGGGAUGAGGGGAUUGAUUUGUUGAGGGGCAUGUUGGCGCUUGAUCCGCGGAAGAGGUUGUGUGCGAAGAAGGUGCUGGGGCAUCGGUAUUGGAGUGUUGCGCCGAGGCCGACGAGGAAGGAGGGGUUGCCGAGGGAGGGGGGCGGGCAGGCGAAGGUCGGUGAGGAUCUUAAGCGGAAGGGGGGGGAGACGCCGGGGGGGGCGGGUGGGAGGGCGGAUAAGGUGGCGCGGAAGCUGAAUUUUGGGGGGAUGUAG